UCUCGGAUUCUUCAGAUGCGAAAGCCAAGGUAAGUAUACCACCUGUAUUUCAUCCCGAAAAGGUUUUAUUAGAAACUGUAGUAAGUGUAUUAGUUAAUAAUAAUAUCUCACCAGAAACUAAGAUCCCAUCUACGCCUCAGGUAAGUAUACAAACUCAUGAUCAUACUUAUUUCUGUAAUAAAACACUAGAACAAUAUCCUAAUUUAUAUCGAGAAUUUAGUAGUGAAAAUGCCGAUUAUUAUGGAAUUACUGAUGAGACAUUAUGCCCAUUAUGCGAAUUAAAUCAUGAGGAAGGUGUAGAAGGCAGAUAUAAAACUGGUGCAGAACCAUAUAAUACUGAAACAAAUUUGCUCAAUAUUUUAUUUUUGUUGGCUAUU